AAUGCAAUUGAUGAAUGGCAUAUAUCAUGCUUCCCAAUUCCCAAUUUGUCUGCAUUUCCAAUUCCGCACGCAAUUUUUGCGAAUUCUUACAUUGGUCCUACCAUUAAAAUCUAACUCUUUGAUUUAAUGGAAAUCGAUAAAGCAAUUAUGGAGUGCAAUGAUCAAAGGCUCAAGACUAAGUACAACAACGCAGUCUAUGGCAUUCAGAGAACUCUUGCUCUUUACAACGUUGAAGAGGUGGCUUUUAGCUUCAAUGGAGGGAAGGAUUCAACUGUUUUAUUGCAUCUGCUUAGAGCUGGAUAUUAUCUGCACAAAGAGGAACAAGAAAACACUAAUGAAGGAAUUCUAUAAACUGCAAUUGGACAUCAUUUGUGAGGAUUUUAAAUCUGGGCUGGAAUAUUUACUGAAGGCUAAGCCUAUAAGAGCCAUUUUUUUAGGCGUCCGUACGGGCGAUCCUACAGCAGUUGGCCAAGAGCAAUUCUCUCCUAGUUCUUGUGGAUGGCCGCCAUUCAUGAGAGUGAAUCCUAUCUUAGAUUGGUCUUAUAGAGAUGUAUGGGCAUUCCUAUUGACUUCAAAGGUACCUUACUGCAGCCUAUAUGAUCAAGGAUAUACCUCUAUAGGAAGUAUAUAUGAUACAGUUCCAAAUAAGUUUCUGUGUAUUAGUGAUUCCUCCAGUAGUAAAAUGGAAUAUAGGCCAGCGCACAUGCUUGCAGACGGAAGAUUAGAAAGAGCUGGGAGAGCAAGGAAAUCUACACAUGGGUCUCACAGUAACAUAUCUUUAAGCAAUGGAACAACUGAUGUUGAAGCACCUCAUUCUUGUAUUCCUACAGCUUCAGUCAUUGGUGUCGGCGAUGAGAUUCUGUGUGGAAGUGUUGAGGAUCUCAUAGGUCCAUCAUUAUGCCGAAAGUUGCAUUCAAUUGGCUGGGCAGUGACUCAAUUUGAUAUCCUCAGAAAUAAUAUAGAUUCUAUUGCAGACAUUGUUGAACGACAAAAAUCUAUAAAUCACAUGGUUUUUGUAUAUGGUGGAAUUGGUCCUUUGCAUUCAGAUGCUACUCUUGCUGGCAUUGCAAAAGCUUUUGGUGUCCGUCUGGCUCCUGAUGAAGAGUUUGAAGAAUACCUUACAAACAUAGUCGGGUUACUGGGGUAUCACUACACUGGUGAUAGAAAUGAGAUGGCUCGACUACCAGAGGGUAUCACUGAGCUGUUGCAUCAUGAAAAGCUUUCUGUUCCUUUGAUGAAGUGUCAGAAUGUUAUUAUAUUUAUGGCAACAAAUCUAAUGGAGCUGAACAACGAAUGGAAUUGCUUGAUUGAGCUUUCAACUUCUAAUAGGAUUCUUAUGUUGACGAAACCUUUUGUUUCAAAGUAUUUGUCAACCAAUCUUACUGAAGUAGAAGUGGCUCAACCGUUGUCAGCACUGCAUAUUGACUUCCCCGAUCUGUAUAUUGGUUCCUAUCGGAAAUCCAGGCGUGGGCCUCUUGUGAUCACUCUGGAAGGAAAGGACCAAGGGAAAGUGCAGUUGGCUACGGAAGCCCUCGUGAAGAAGUUUAAUCCGGGGACGUUUUCUGUAACCAUUUAGAGUCGUGGAAUAAAAUUCAUCUGUUAAAUAGCUGGGAGAAUCUCAAAUUCAACUUCAUGUCAUCUCCCAACGAUUGAACGCGGUGAAGCGAUUGUUAUCGAUGCUGGAAAUUAUUACUGAAUCUUAUCAAUUUUGGACGCAAAAUCCUCGAAUUGAAGUGAACAAAAGAGAUAAACGUAGGGGAUGGAAGGGGAUUGCUGACAUAAAAUUCAACUCAAGAGAGUAAAGGAACCUAUAGAAAGUAGCUUCCUAAUUUGUUAAGGUUUAUUCAUUGGCUCCCCUUUGGUCCAUUCUCGAUGGAGUCAAAGAUAUAUAAUUCAUUGGCUUCAGACUAUGAUGAGCCACAGUAAAAUGGUUCAUUAUAUCGUUUGCGCUUAUUAUUUGAAUUUGCAUAUGAUUUUUGCAGUUAUGGGUCAAUCAGAGAAAAUAACACCUUGGUUAUUACAAGAGUUCGGUUGUAUACAUCAGACUUUUCAAAACUUAGUUUAGACGGGAUUUACAGUUGGCUAAUGGCAUGUUUAGUAAUCAACCUCAAGUUAAAGCAAUUGAAUCUAAUCGAAGCUAUUUUUGCUAAUGUAGUUAAUUGGUGAUAUGGUUACGGAGUUGCUAUGUAAAUUGUAAAAUACUUAAUUGUGUAGUAAAAUUCUAAGGUACUUAAAAUUUGAAUGUUGCAAUUAUAAAAUGAAUGACAUUUUGUUUUACC